AUGAGAAAUGGAGCAGUUGGCGAAAGAUAAUGCCGCCUGACUCUGACUGGCUGUAUAAAUAGCCCGUUGCAGUGUCUAGGUAAUCAUCAGCAACUGUCGCUUGCUUCUCUCAACAGCUAAGGUCUCAGCUCCAACUGCAACUCCAACUCCAACUCCAACUCAGUCUUCGACAUGUUCAAGCUAACCAUUUGCUGUAUGCUAAUCGUCGUCCUGGGAGCAGCUGCUCAGGUAGUGAAGAAGCCAACGCCCGUAUGCGUGGGCCGUUGCACCAUUUUGGAUCUGAAGCGCACCACUGCGGUGUGCACACGGGAUGCCAGGACCAAUUUGUGCACCAAGCUGCGCCCUUGCCGGCUGCGCGAACGCAACUGCGCUCUGAGGAAGCUGGGCAUGGCGCCGCUGCGACAGACGACCUUGAGGCAGUGCGCCAAUGUCCAGGGCAUCGAGGGCACUGCUCGCUGUGCCCCCAUCAAGGUGAGGAGCUGCAUCGACAAGUCCUGCAUCAAUCAGAAGCCGAACAGCUGCUGGCGCACUCGGGACGGCCGCAAACUUUGGCUCAGCAUCUGCGAUGCCCGCCGGGUGAACUGCGUCAACAGGAAACGGCCACAGCUGCAGCUGGUUCGCCUCCAGGACAUCAAGUGCCGCAUCAAGCCCGUCAUCACGGCCUAAGCAACGACGACAACAACA